AUGAUGUUGACAAAAGUCAUCAGUGUUGUCCUCGUAGCAGCUGCUGACGUCGUAUCACAGGCAGCUUUAGGUGUAGGUCGACAGACGGGCUACGCAUUUACAGAAGCUGGUGCGGUCACUGUAGUAUUUGCAGAUAUAGAUUCCGAAGGCACCAAAACCAGCGCAGAGAAGAGUGAAAAACUUGCGGCGAAUUCUAAAUAUCAAUAUUUUGCUGUUCAAGUUGAUUUUGCGGAUGCAGAUGGUAUUAAAUCGAUGGUUGAUUGA